GGUACCCGAACCAACGGCCAUUUUCCUAAAACAAGCAAGUACCUUUUUCAAUGACAUGUUGAAUGGAAUUGGCAGGCGCAAAAAAUUCCAAACCCGACGACGUCAUCGAACGACCCUGUCUGUUCACUCCUACAUCCAUAAUGCCUACUUUGUACAUACUGCCUAGUAAUUCCUCUCUUUUCAUUAUAACGGCGUAAAUAUCAACUCCUCCACAACUCGUUCACUCUCCAAUGUAUCGAUAGCUUAUCACAUCUCUUUUCAUCAUGUCUUCUUCCUCCAAAUCAAAAUCCGCGCCCCUCAUCUCCUCCAAACCCGUCUCCGACUCGGAUGACGACUCCGAGCUCGAGCUUGACUCGGUGCUAGAACAAGACCAAGAACAAGACCAAAGCCAGGAACAGCAACGGGAACACGACUCCGUCUCACUGCCCGACUCGCCACUGCUCGUCCCGGCCCAGACGCAGCCGAAAUGGCUUCGUCCCCCGCGAUGGUUCCGUCUCGACCGGAGCAGCCGGUGGACGUUCUGGUGGCGCCGCUCUCUCGCCUCAUUUGCUGACCUGGUGCGCCCUCGCCGGAGCUGGCGGUACGCAGCCUUUGUGCUCGUUUCCGUGUACGCCCUGCUGUGUCUCGUGCGUGGCGUGCCGCUGCUGGCCUCGCCGCUGCCGGCAUACUCGGGCCCUUACCAUGUCGGCGCCGUGGACGUCGAGAUUGCCCUCGACAAGCCGCGGCUGGUGUCCGAGACCGUCUUCAAGGACACCGGCCGGCCGGCGUUUGAGCACAAGACGACGCUCUUCACCGUCUACUAUCCCGUUGACAAGAGCGUCAGGGAGCACCGGCGUAGGCAUGACUGGAUUGCCAGGCCAAUCAGCCUGACGGCGGCUGGUUACGCAAAGUUCGCCCAUGUCGACAACUUCAUCGUCCGGCCGAUAUUCACCUUUGCGCUGUGGGCCAUUGCGGGCAGCAUCACCAUCCCCGCAAAGGUCGAUGCGCCGCUACUUGGGGCAACAGAUGCCGAGCCGUUCCCCGUCAUGGUCUUUUCUCACGGCGAUGCCAGCUCGAGGACCGACUACACUCACUUCGUCGGCGAGCUGGCCAGCCGUGGGUACGUCGUCGCAGCAAUAGAGCACCGAGACGGGAGCUGUCCCGGUUCUCUCAUGAGGAUCAAGGGACAGGAUGACAAGAAACUCCUUACCUUUAGAGAAGCAGAGCUAUUAUCCGAUCCUCCCAUGGACGCCGCCAGAUACAAGCGUGAACAGCUCGCCUUCCGAGAUGCCGAAAUCCUGGAGACGAUCAACAUCCUGCGCACCAUCAACAGUGGCAAAGGCGACGACAUCUUCAGCCGCAACUCCCGCCUUGAAGGCUCCCACCUUGGCGACUGGGCCGGCCGCCUCGACUUUGGCAACCUCACCAUCGCAGGCCACUCGUUUGGUGCCACCGGCGCUCUCCAGGCCCUGAAGCACGCCCCCUCGGACAUCAACCCUGCUGUCGGGGGCAUCAUCCUCGACCCUGGCAAGGCCAGCGGCCCUCUCAACGCCGUCAUCGACGUGCCCCUCCUCAUCGUCCACUCAAACACCUGGUCCAAGCAACGCAGCGUCUUCUACGGCCGCCCGCACUUUGACACCGUCAAGGAGCUCGCCCUCAGCGUCCUGAACCGCAUCCCCAGCCACUCGUCCUGGUUCCUCACCAGCAUUGGCACCUCCCACCCCAGCGUCUCCGAUGCGCCCCUGAUCGAGCCCCUGCUGCUCAGCUGGACUACCGGCGCGACGCUCAACACCAAGGAGGCCCUGCGAGAGUAUGUCCGCGUGACGGACGACUUUUGGCACUUCCUCCGCACGUCGCGCGGGGUCAACUCUUCGCGUACGCAGCAUGAGCUUGUGGAUAGGGGCGAGAUGAGGGGUGUCUUGGCUGAGAAGGUGACGCAUGAAGAAUACGGCAACUGGAUCAGCCAGGAGCGCAAGGACGAAUUUCCAAAGGCCAUGGCUCGGCUCUGGGAAGUUCAUGUCAGCCCUGUGUCCUACGACGAUGACAGCGAUGAUGAUGUUAAACAGUGAUGACAAUGGUUGCCUUUCCUCUCUCCUACAUGUUUUCUGGCUUGACUUGCGUAUAGAGAUACCUACGACUAAUUACUUACUCCCUUUAAUAUCUCCAUCAUAAAUGAGGACCGAUUUUGUUUAAAGAUGGCUUGUAUAAUAUUUGGUUACAAAAAUAUAUACUUAAUAUAAUAGCAUUACUGUCCAAGC